AUGACGGUCGAUGCCGCCUCCCUCGCAACCCCCGGCGGCAUUUCUGACCCCGGGCUGAUCAAGCUUGUCAACAAACUUCAAGAUGUCUUCACCACCGUCGGCGUCAACAAUCCGAUCGAUCUGCCCCAAAUAGUCGUCGUCGGUAGCCAGUCUAGCGGCAAGAGUUCAGUAUUGGAGAACAUUGUCGGCCGCGACUUCCUACCCCGCGGCUCCGGCAUCGUCACCCGUCGGCCCCUCGUCCUCCAGCUUAUCAACCGGCCCGGCCAGCCUGAGACGAACGGGCACGAGAAGGAGAUUAACGACAGCACCGACAAGCAGGCGAACACGGAGGAGUGGGGCGAGUUUCUACACAUCCCCGGUCAGAAGUUCUACGACUUCAACAAGAUUCGCGAUGAGAUCAGCAGGGAGACCGAAGCCAAGGUCGGCCGGAACGCCGGCAUCUCGCCCGCCCCCAUCAACCUGCGCAUCUACUCGCCCAACGUCCUCAACCUCACCCUAGUCGAUCUUCCCGGUCUCACACGAGUGCCCGUCGGCGACCAGCCGCGCGAUAUCGAGAGGCAGAUUCGGGAUAUGAUUCUCAAGUAUAUCCAAAAGUCUAACGCCAUCAUCCUGGCUGUCACGGCUGCCAAUAUUGAUCUAGCGAACUCGGACGGCCUGAAACUCGCGAGAGAGGUGGACCCAGAGGGUCAACGGACAAUCGGUGUGCUCACCAAGGUCGAUCUGAUGGACGAGGGCACCGACGUGGUUGAUAUUCUUGCCGGGCGCAUCAUUCCUUUGCGGUUGGGUUACGUCCCGGUGGUGAACCGCGGGCAACGAGACAUUGACAACAGGAAGCCCAUUAACGCGGCGCUCGAGGCCGAGAAGAACUUCUUUGAGAAUCACAAGGCGUACCGCAACAAGAGCUCGUAUUGUGGCACGCCGUAUCUGGCUCGCAAGCUUAACCUGAUCCUGAUGAUGCACAUCAAGCAGACGCUGCCGGACAUCAAGGCCCGCAUCUCGAGCUCGUUGCAAAAGUACUCGCAGGAGCUCGAGUCCCUGGGGCCGUCGUUGCUCGGGAACAGCGCCAACAUCGUGUUGAACAUCAUCACCGAAUUCACCAACGAGUGGCGCACCGUGCUGGAUGGUAACAACACGGAGCUGUCGAGCAUCGAGCUGUCUGGAGGUGCCAGAAUCAGUUUCGUCUUCCACGAACUGUACUCCAACGGUGUCAAGGCGGUGGACCCCUUCGAUCAGGUCAAGGACGUCGACAUCCGCACCAUCCUGUACAACUCGUCCGGUUCCUCGCCCGCGCUGUUCGUCGGCACGACCGCCUUCGAGCUGAUCGUCAAGCAGCAAAUCAAGCGGAUGGAGGAGCCGAGUCUGAAGUGCGCGUCGCUGGUGUACGACGAGCUGGUGCGCAUCCUCACCCAGCUGCUCAGCAAGCAGCUGUACCGGCGGUACCCGCAGCUCAAGGAGAAGAUCCACGCUGUCGUCAUCUCCUUCUUCAAGAAGGCCAUGGAGCCGACGAACAAGCUGGUGCGCGACCUCGUGUCGAUGGAGUCGUGCUACAUUAACACGGCCCACCCCGACUUCCUGAACGGGCAUCGCGCCAUGGCCAUGGUUAACGAGAAGCACAACCCCUCCCGUCCCGUCCAGGUUGACCCCAAGACCGGCAAGCCCCUCGCCUCGACACCCGCGCGGGCCGCCAGCCCCACGCUCGCCGCCGACGCCGACUCGUCCAACUCGGGCUUCUUUGGCAGCUUCUUUGCUGCCAAGAACAAGAAGAAGGCCGCCGCCAUGGAGCCGCCCCCGCCAACCCUCAAGGCGUCGGGGACGCUGUCGGAGAGGGAGGGGAUUGAGGUCGAGGUUAUCAAGCUGCUCAUCUCAUCCUACUUCAACAUCGUCAAGCGCACCAUGAUCGACAUGGUUCCUAAGGCGAUCAUGCUGAACCUUGUCACCUUCACAAAGGACGAGAUGCAAAAGGAGCUGCUCGAGAACAUGUACCGCCAGAGCGAGCUCGACGACCUGCUCAAGGAGAGCGACUACACCAUCCGCCGCCGCAAGGAGUGCCAGCAGAUGGUCGACUCACUGAGCAGGGCUAGCGAGAUUGUGAGCCAGGUGCAGUGA